UUGUCUAAAGCCGGAACUACAAUUAUGGCUGCGACCUUGUUCAGAACAUGGUGUUAACAAUAUUCAUAAGCCUGCUAACCUUAAACUUGUUUAUGAACCCAAAGUAGUUACGAUAGGUGUUUGUAGUGUUCAUUUAACCGCUGAAAUGAUGGCGUCCCUUUUUAAGUCUGCACUCGGCAGACUGACAGGAAUUUGUAGAGCUCACGGUCAGCAGCAAGAUAUUUUGCACGGCCACCUGAAGAUCCUCACUGCAGGGCUGAAGAUGUAUGAAAUCCCCCCAGACCACAGUGAUGUAGUAUUGCCAGAGAAACCCAAACUGAAGUUUCUGAACAAGGUACCUAAUUUGAAAAAGGCCAAGAAAGAGGGCAAGAAGCUGCGGGACAUCCGGGGCCCUACCAAGGGUGCAAAUGCCUUCACAUCUGGACAGUUUGCUAUUGUGGCCAUGGGCGGGGGCUACAUCCACUGGGGACAUUUGGAAAUGAUGCGUCUAACUAUUAACCGCAAGAUGGAUUCCCGGACAACGUUUGCCCGAUGGCGCAUCAAUGCCCCGUAUAAGCCCGUCACACGUAAAGGACUGGGGCAGCGCAUGGGCGGGGGUAAAGGAGCCAUUGACCACUAUGUGACCCCCGUCCGCUACAGGCGUCUAAUCGUGGAGGUGGGAGGAAAGGUGGAGCUGGGAGAGGUUGAGCAUGUCCUGACUGAAGUAGCCAAGAAGCUGCCUUUCCCAGCUAAGGUAAUGAGCAGAGAGAGCCUAGAAGCCUUCCAAAAAGCGCAGGAUGAGUUGGAGCAGAACAACCAAAAUCCCUGGACCUUCAAGCGGAUAGCCCAAGGAAACAUGAUGGGUAUCAGGAAGGUGCUAAGUCCCUUCGACCUGCACAACCAUGGACGCUUUACAGGGAAAUUUCACUUCCCAGGGAGGGUGUGAAAGCCCAUAACAGACCGUUGUGUUUGUGGUUUCUGACACCGACCACACAGAAGAACUGAAGACACAAACAUCAUUUUGAAACUGUCUUGACUUAUCGAUAUUGAUUUUUUUUUUGUCAUUGGGAUGUUUUGUUGAAGGGACAUUUCUGUCCUUUUUAUGUCCAUAAAACCCAAUAAACAACUUUAUGUGAUUAACGUAAUUAUUUUAGCAACUAUUGAAUGUCAUGGUGGUCUUAAUGCUUUGGCAGCAAAUAAAAAUCAAAAGGCAUUCAACCUUUUUUCAAGCCCACGCAUUAAGAUUAGAAGUUACUCUCAUGAGAAACUAAAUACAUUUUAUUUGAUGCAAACUUUUAAAAACAUUGCAGGAACACGUAGUUUAAAAAAACACCUGAUCUUAUACUGAA